AUUUCCCAAGCAUGAAAACGCACAUGUGGGCUUGGCAAUGAGGUUACAAGAAGGAUUGCAUGCAUGGUAGUCUUUAGCUUGUUACCUCAUUACAGUAAAUCAUGUGUGGUUUAGAAUCCAAAUAACAGUACAUUUAAGCUAUAUACAUUGUCUAGUCACUACAACACAUUUAAAUAGAUUUAGCUGACGCGCUGGUUUGGAAAUCUACUCGGGAGACUUGCUAUCAGCUAAAGUUUGCUAGCCACAUCGCUGUCAGCAGCAUCGCCUUUGAAUUGGCUGGCUGAGCAGUGUGAGCAGACUUCACCAUGAGUUCAAGAGUGUGUAAGAACUGUGGGGGCACAGACAUCGAUGUGGACCAGGCCAGAGGCGAUGCAGUGUGCGUGGGCUGUGGCUCGGUCCUGGAGGACAACAUUAUCGUGUCAGAGGUCCAGUUCAUGGAGACAGGAGGGGGUGGUUCCUCUGCUGUGGGACAGUUUGUAGCUGGAGAUGCCUCUGGAAGGAACCCCACUUUUGGGGAAGGGCUCUAUACGGGCGUUGGAAGGGAGUCCCGGGCCCAGACCCUGCAGAACGGGAGACGUCAGAUCAACACGCUGGGUCACCAGCUGCAGCUGAACCAGCACUGCCUGGACACGGCCUUCAACUUCUACAAGAUGGCCGUGUGUAAACGCCUGACACGGGGCCGAAGGGUGGCCCACGUGGUGGCCGCAUGCCUCUACCUGGUCUGCAGGACGGAAGGGACACCUCACAUGCUUCUUGACCUCAGUGACCUCCUGCAGGUAAAUGUUUACGUCCUGGGUAGAACCUUCCUGAUCCUGGCCAGAGAGCUCUGCAUCAAUGCCCCUGCCAUAGACCCCUGCCUGUACAUCCCUCGCUUUGCCCACAUGCUGGAGUUUGGAGAGAAGAACCACGAGGUGUCCAUGACAGCACUGCGACUGCUGCAAAGGAUGAAAAGGGACUGGAUGCACACGGGACGGAGACCCUCAGGACUGUGUGGCGCAGCCCUGUUGGUCGCUGCUCGCAUGCACGAGUUCCGCCGUACCAUCAAAGAAAUCAUUAGUGUAGUGAAGGUGUGCGAGGCCACACUAAGAAAGAGAUUGAAUGAGUUUGAGGACACGCCCACCAGCCAGCUGACCAUUGAGGAAUUCAUGAAAGUGGAUCUUGACCAGGAGUGUGACCCGCCCUCUUUCAUCGCUGGCCAGAGAAAGAAAAGAAUGAAGCUGCUUGAAGAAGAAUUAGAGAAGAAGAUUGACGAUGUUCAAGGUGAAAUCCAUGAGUACCAAGAUGAGAUUGAGAUGGAGCUGGAGCAGAGCCGGCCCAAGUUGAGAGGGAUGUACGCCUCCUGUGCAAAAGCCGGCCCCCAGGAGGAAGAGGAUGAUGAAAUAUCUCUUCCUGAUGGGGAGGAGAGGGAGGACGAGGAGCUAAAGGCGGUGGCCCAGCACCUCAAUAAGGAGCUGUGUGACCAGGUGAUCUCUGGAGAGGAGGAUGGAGAGGGGCAGGAGGAGAGACCUCCACGCAGAGGCCCAUCACUAGCCUCGCUCCUGGGGCCCAUGCCCACCGCAGCCAGCCUUGGCCUCCCAGAGUCUAUCAGCAAGUGCAUCGGAGAGGAGAAGGAGAACGAUGAGGAUGCUGAAAAUGGAGAGCUGGACUUGAGUGGUAUUGAUGAUGAUGAGAUUGAGCUGUAUCUCCUGAAUGACAGAGAGGUGAAAAUCAAGACUGAGCUUUGGCUGAAACAGAAUGAAGACUACUUGAAAGAGCAGAAAGAAAAGGAAGCGCGGAUAGCCAAAGAGAAGGAGCUGGGGAUUUACAAGGACAAGAAGCCCAAGAGCUCCAAGAAGCGGGCUCCGAUCCAUGCCAGCACAGCCGACGAGGCCAUAGAGAAGAUGCUGGAGCAGAAGAAGAUCUCCACUAAGAUCAACUACGAUAUCCUGAAGGAGCUGAAUGUCAAGCCAUGUGCCAGUCCAGCCCACCAGACAGCAGAGUCUCCGAAAGGAGCCACCCCUGGAGCCCAGAGGCUGACUGGACGAUACCGCAAACCCACCAAUGUCCCUCUGAGCCUGGGCACACCACUCAGCAGCCUGGGCAAGAGGUUACGGCCCUUCAUAUCAGCACAUCCCCCUAAGAAGCUGGCUCUAGACCAGAUAGCCAGCCCCCUGCCAGUGGCCUCUGAGGUGUCGCCCCACUCUGUGCUGGUCGAGAGUGGGCCUGUGGUCUAUGAUGAUGUGGCAGAUGAGGAAGAGGAGGAUGAGGAGGAGCCCUGCGUCAGUGCCAUGGAGCUGCUGGGAGGCAACGAGUAUGGAUGUGAUGAUGAUGAUGGUUUCUAGCACUACUGGGUUUGGCCUGUUUGUCUGGACCAUUGUGCUACUCCAACCCCCUGUCCCAUUUGGAGAUUGACUCAUUGAUUGAGACGGCGGACGGCGGAGACAGCUUUCAUGCUUGCAGAAUGGUGAAGAGGAUGGAGAUGAUGACAGGAUCCAUUUCUUCUCAGGAUAUCUCCUUUAUCUAGGAAAGAGGUUAUGGGUAGUAUUGAGCUGGAUCGAACAAAGAGACCAACCGUAAUGUCUCAUAUCGUACAUUUCACGUCACUCAAGUAUACACUACCAUUCAAAUGUUUGGGGUCACUUCGAAAUGUCCUUCUUUUUGAAAGAAAAGCAAUUUUUCCCCCCCCAUUAAAAUAACAUCAAAUUGAUCAGAAAUAUAGUGUAGACAUUAUUGU